AUGGCUUACGCUAUCGGUCUUCAUCACGAGCCCCCUGAGCACUUGUCAAGCGCCCAGCAAGAGCUCCGCCGUCGGCUGUGGUGGACUCUGUACACGCUGGACAGCACGACAGGCAUGGAUUUGGGCCGCCCCUGGCUCACACACUUGGCUUCAACCUCUAUCCGGCUACCAAACGACUCGCCAGAAAUGGCUCAGGCGCUCGCAACGGAUUAUGUCUCGCCAUCACCAGACACCACGUGGUUAAGCUUCCACUCGCAUGUACUGCGCUUGGUCAACACCAUUCGCACUAUCGUUGCCGCUUUUCGGGACAAGAGUGGCGACAUAAUGAGCGAGACGAAAACAAAAAGUUUCUACAAAGAGGCUCAGGCACGAGAAAAGUGCGCUCGUUUCCUAUCAGACUGCGCGAAAAGGCUUAGGGUAUGGACGCAAGACGUGCCUAGCGGCUUGAAGAUACGCAGAUACGGAGGCGGGGACGCCUUCUCGACCGACACCUCCUCGUUGGAGCUGGACUUCAGCGCCCCGACCUGGCUACAGGUGCAGCGUAUUUCCCUCGCGUUGCGCUAUCACAAACACGCCAUGGAUCUCUAUCGCCCUUUUAUCUGCUUCACUUCGUCUGGCCCGUCGUCUUCCUUCACCCCGCUCUCGGACAACAACGCCAUCGCCUGCCUCAAUCACGCCGUUGCCAUUACCAACAUCAUCCAUCAAACAUUCGCGGAGACCGACCUACUGAGCGGCUUCCACUGCAUUUUCCAAUACCAGCAAAGCGCUACUACCGUUGCCGCCGGCUUCGCCUGUGCCAGCCCCUUUAGCCCGCACAUGGCCUCCGCGCGGCAGGCUCUCGCAACAGCAAUCCAGUUCUUCGAUCGUUUCGACGCCACAGCCUGCUCUCCUUCCCCAUUCUCUGCCUCGGUAAACCUGGCCCGCGAUCUCGGCGCCAGGGUCGACGCCAUCAUCGACGCCUUCCGAAACGGAUUCUCCAGCCAGCCAGCCACCACCACCAUUACCGUCACAUCAUCAUCAGUAUCAUCAUCGUCGUUAUCGACCUCGCCUUUCGUUUCCGCCCCUCCAACAACAACGGCUCUCCUGGAGUCUUCGCCCUCGUCGACGAUGCUCGACCACCACAACCUCCUCGCCUCGCCUGCCGCGACGGCCACCACAUCCACCUCCAACCCGAGUUCGACGCUUGGAUCACCCCACCCUCAUUCGUCUUCGUCAUUCGGCAACGAUGGGCUCAUGGUCAGUGCGGGUAUCGACAUGGCGCUCGGAUCGGCGACGGCAGGAGCGGAAGGACUCGGCGAAUCUGUUUCCUGGAUGGCAGAUAUGGGCCAGGUGAUGGGCUUGGAGCAGCACCAGCAACAUCGGCACCAGCAGCAACAACAAUCUCAUCAACAGCAACAGCAACAAGAGCAGCAGCUGUGGCAUGGGGUUGACGUGACUGCGGAUGCUGAUUUGUUGAUGAGGGAAUUUGGGUUCUCGCCGGCCCCGUCGGAGUUGCAUGGCGACGUCCAUCAGCAAUACGGUCAUGGAUUCAACUAG